AUGCGACUGUCACUGUGCUCCAAAAAAGCCCAACUCAUCGUCAAACACACGUUCAUAAAAUGGAAACAAAGGAGAAGUUUGGAGUUGAUUCUCCAUGGCGCCGAACCAUCCACUGUUAAUUAUUCUUAUUUUCCACUUCUGUCGAUUCACGAUUGGCCUGCUAUCGUGAACUCGACUCAUAUCGAAACUGUGCAAAUUGGGGUGUUUACAGUUCCAAUGGACACAUCAAGUAAGGCAACUUACUGGGUGCAUAAGUUGGAAGCCAUCAGAAGUGUUUUGAAUUAUGUCAUGGAAAUUUUCAAUUCUGAAAUCCAAUGUUUUGAUAUCGAAGAUGACGUAACGUCAUCUGAACUAAACUGGAUUUUCAAUUGGAUGACUGGUAGAACAACGAUAUUCAAGGCAAUUUACGUGAAUAUCACUCAGGCAACAACCGAAGAUCUCAACUUGUUUUUCCAAAAUGUCAAGGUUUCUGAUUGUUUGGAAUUGCGAGGUUCACGGAACAGUGACAACUGUUAUCCACCGUAUCCCUUCUUCCAAUCUGUCAGGCAUUUUAUCAAUAUCAUUAAUGGAUUUUGGCUCGAAAAGCGACAUUUGGAUUCUUUGAACUGCACUGUCAUUUAUAUGUCCAAAACACGAUUCUCUUCUGAAGAUAUGAAUAUUUACUUGAAAAAAUGGAAAGAAGGACAGGCGUUUUCACGUUUGAAAUGUUCAUUGAUCGACAUAACCGAUGCAAAUACGGAGAAGUUGUUGGAAGGGAUGGACGUGACGGAAGUACAAACAGUCAGAAAGUAUAAAACACUAAGAGAAACAUAUAUCAAACUUCACGGUGGAUUCGAUAUAACAAGACAUGAUGGAGUAGUUGCCACAGUGAAUAUUCGAAGACGGCGGGGUGCGAAUGAGUUCACUUGGGUGGUUUGGCCUGAUUUGAUUCAUGGUGAGAGUAUUCUAGAUGAACAAAUCGACUACCUUUGA